AUGGCCGGUGCAGAGUCCUCUCUGCUUACAACCCUAGGUCCCAGCCCAGAUCCUGGCGACAGCCAGGGAGAGCUGGACUGCAGUUUCAAUGAAGAGUUCAAGUUCAUCCUGCUGCCCGUGAGCUACACAGUCGUUUUCCUGUUGGGCCUGGGCCUCAACACCCUGACCCUCUGGGUCUUCCUCUUUCGCCUCCGACCCUGGGAUGCUACGGCCACCUACAUGUUCCACUUGGCCUUGUCAGACACUUUGUAUGUGCUGUCACUGCCCACCCUCAUCUACUAUUAUGCGGCCCGCAACCACUGGCCCUUUGGCACGGGGCUCUGCAAGUUCAUCCGCUUCCUCUUCUACUGGAACCUCUACUGCAGCGUCCUCUUCCUUACCUGCAUCAGCAUGCACCGCUACCUGGGGAUCUGCCACCCACUUCGGGCCCUGCGCUGGGGCCGCCCGCGCUUCGCGGGCCUUCUCUGCCUGGCUGUUUGGUUGGUCGUGGCUGGCUGCCUUGUGCCCAACCUGUUCUUCGUCACCACCAGCCCCAAGAAGGACACCAUCCUGUGCCACGACACCACUCGGCCCGAGGAGUUUGACCACUACGUGCACUUCAGCUCAGCCAUCAUGGGGCUGCUGUUUGGCGUGCCCUGCCUGGUCACUCUUGUCUGCUAUGGGCUCAUGGCCCGGCGCCUGUAUCGGCCCUUGCCAGGGGCCGCCCAGUCAUCCUCGCGUCUGCGUUCUCUCCGCACCAUCGCUGUGGUGCUGACUGUCUUCGCUGUCUGCUUCGUGCCCUUCCACGUCACCCGCACCAUUUAUUACAUGUCAAGGCUGCUGGAAGCCGACUGCCGGGUGCUGAACAUUGUCAAUGUGGUCUACAAAGUGACUCGGCCUCUGGCCAGCGCCAACAGCUGCCUGGAUCCCGUGCUCUACCUGCUCACGGGGGACAAGUAUCGUCGUCAGCUCUGGCAGCUGUGCAGGUGUGGGGAGCCUCAGCCCCCCACCACGGCCUCCACCCUGGCUCUGGUGUCCCUGGCUGAGGAAAGCAGCUGCAGGUGGACAUCCACCCAGAGGCACCGUGGCUUCCCUGCCCCUGGGGCAGAUAGAUCGUAG